UCUAAGUCCCUAAUCAGCGCUGAUGGUUCGUCCAGAGCUUCGCCUCCGUGGAAGGUCUGCUUCAGAAGAAGAUGAAAAGUCCCUGUGUGAUACAGUCUUAUGCUGUAUCCUCCUCUCGAUGAGGUGUGUGCGUUUGAGAUGUGUGUGGUUCUGUGUGUUUUUGCUUGACCUUGGCUCUCAGGCCCUGGUAUGUGCAUGUGUAUCUUCUUGUGUUCCUCUAACGGGGGAGAGCUCUCAAAAUGUCUCCUGUGUGAUAAAUUAAAACGGGGGAGUGCCCCCCCGAAGUGUCUCCUGUGUGAUAAAUUAAUGUGGCUCUCCCGUUCUUGAGGAUGACUGGUGCAUUGUCUGAGUGUCUACCAUUUGCCUGGAUGGGGAAAUGGGGCCUUCGGCUCCGGCCUUGACCUGACUAUAUUAUCAUGUUUGUGUUAUGUGUUCGUUGGGUUAGAGCAAGAGUUGACUAUAUUGUAAUGUGUCUGCCAUGUGAUGUGCUCAUCAGGCUAGGGUAGGAGUUAGCUAUAUUUGUAAUGUACAUGUGAUGUACUCAGCAGGUUAUUUUUCCCAACAUCCGUCAGAGGAGGCCUUGGACAAGUGUACAAAGGAACAGUUGUUGAAACUGUCUGACCAUUAUUCGGUGGCCGUGAUAGAUAGGAAGCGUAAAGAGGAUGUUAAAAUUGCUUUGAAAGUAAGACUAGUUGAACUGGGAGUCCUUACGUCUGGUCCGGUGCCAGCUUCUCCACCUGCCUUAGGCAUGCCUUUUCAGACUCAGGGGCUGACGUUUGAGCAGCAAAAGGAGCUCCUCUCGAUGCAGUUGGAACAUGAGAGAUUUAAGUGUGAAAUGGAAGCAAAAAAACAAAUAGAGCUGGAGUUGAUCCGCAAGCGAUGAUCCGAGUCAGAAGGGGCAGGUGUCUGGGGUCGGUGCGCAGCCCUUUGAUAUCAACAACUUGUGGCUGUUGCCACCGUUUAAUGAGAAGGAUCCUGACUCUGCUCCGGUGCGUCCACCCAGGUAAGGCGCAGGGGGCAUAUUCGUCUUUGAGCGCGGCUGAUAGCGGUAGUUAUGUUAAAAUAAAGUCUGCCGUGCUGAAGGCUUAUGAGCUUGUGCCUGAAGCAUAUCGCCAACGUUUUCGGGCUUGGGAAAGGGAAAGUGGCCAAUCCUAUGUUGAAUUUGUUCGUGAUUUAACUACCCAUUUUAAACGUUGGUUGGCUGCGCUUGAUAUAUCUACUUUUGAUGAGUUGUGUGAGUUGGUCAUUUUGGAGCACUUUAAGAAUACGCUACCUGGUUUGAUUGCGACCUACAUUAAUGAACGGAAGGUUGCCUCUGCUGCAGAAGCGGCUGUGUCAGCAGAUGAGUACGUGCUGCUCCAUAAGGGCGAUGUGAGAGAGCGCACACCUGGCCGCAAUGAUUCUGGCUGGGGUGGAAACAGGCGAGGUGUUGCGGCGGCUGACCAGAGGCGUUCCGGGACGUCUGGCAUGUUUAGAUCCGAGUCUCACUCACGGAGCAAUGUUGACAACAGUAGAACCUGUUACUAUUGUCGUGAGCCAUUGGAAGGCUGAUUGUCCGAGGUUGCGGUCUAAACAUAGGGUGAGCAGCUAUAAUGUUAAGCCAGCUGCGGCUGCAGCUACGCUGGGAAAUGGCUGUGUUUCUAAUGGGUUUCCCUCUGUCUGUGAGCCGGAUGUUCUGGAAGCAUACGCUCCUUUCAUUAGAAGUGGUUUUGUAUCGCUAGUUGGUAUCGAUGUUAAAGUCCCUGUUACAAUCUUGAGGGACACAGGGGCAUAUGAUUCCUAUAUGACUGAGUCGGUGCUGCCUUUGUCCGCGGAGACGGACAGCGGGGACCGUAUUCUCAGUCGAGGGAUGGGGUUGACGGUUUUACCCGUGCCUGUGCAUAAGGUGGUCCUGGAUUGUGAGCUCGUGCAGGGUGAGGUAGCUGUGGGAGUCCGGCCGGCGUUACCUAUAGAGGGGGUUCAUUUUAUUUUGGGCAAUGGCUUGGCUGGCGGCCGCCUCUGGGCUGAUGCUCCUCCCUCACCUGUUGUUACGCUCUGUCCGGUUAGUACUGUCUCUGACUGGAGUUCCAGUGAGGUACCUGAGGUUCUUUCAGCCUGUGUGGUUACACGAGCAAUUAGUAAGGCUGAGCUUGACUUAUCAGAUGGGGAGCUUGGUGACGAUGAUUUUGAGGAUCCGUCUUUGUCUGAUUUUCCACUGUCUGUGUCACAGAGCGAGUUGCUGCAGGAGCAAAUUGGUGAUUCCUCUUUAAAUGAAUUAUUUGGUCGUGUUUUGUCUGCUGCAGAGAUAAAGAGUGCAGCCAGUGGCUACUUUUUGCGUAGCAGACUGCUGUUUCGGAAAUGGGCUGUUUUGGGUGACGGUGUGGGGGAUGCUUUGUACCAGUUGGUUGUACAGACUAAAUUCAGGCCUCUGGUCCUUAAAGUGGCACACGACGAGAGUGGGCACUUUGGUGUCAGGAAAACGUAUUUAAAUGUCUUGAAACAGUUCUUUUGGCCGCGUGUAAAACGAGAUGUUGCCGAAUAUAUUAAAACCUGCCAUGUGUGCCAAUUAACGGGGAAGCCGAAUCAGAGUGUGAAGUCUGCUCCUCUGCAACCGAUUCCUGCCAUAAGCCAACCUUUUGAAUAUUUGAUUGUGGACUGUGUCGGCCCGUUGCCGAUCGCUAAAUCUGGCUGUAAGUAUUUACUGACAGUUAUGUGCCAAAGUACCAGGUAUCCGGCUGCAUACCCGCUGAGAUCUAUUACAACUAAAGCCGUGGUGAAGGCAUUGACUCAGUUCAUUUCGGUUUUUGGCAUCCCGAAGGUUAUUCAGAGUGACCAAGGGUCAAAUUUUUCUUCCCGCAUGUUUGGUCAAGUGUUGAGAUCCUUGCCUAUUCAACACAGUCAGUCAUCGGCGUACCACGCGCAGAGUCAGGGUGCGUUCGAGAGAUUUCAUCAAACUCUCAAGUCUCUGCUGCGUGCGUAUUGUACUGAGCUGGAUCGAGACUGGGAGGAGGGGCUCCCAUGGCUGAUGUUGGCUGCGAGAGAGGCCGUACAAGAGGGUACUGGUUUCAGUCCGAAUGACUUAGUUUUUGGGCAUGUGGUGAGGGGCCCUUUGGCUGUGUUAAAGGAUAACUGGGUGGAUGCUGAGCCACCAAAAAAUCUGAUUGAUUUUGUGAACGGGUUUCGGCAUCGUUUGUUCGUGGCGGGUGGUAUGGCACGGGACAAGUUGCAGAUGUCGCAGGGCAAAAUUAAGAAAAAUUAUGACCGUCACACAGAGCAGCGGGAGUUUAGUCCUGGGGACCAAGUUUUGGCAUUAAUGCCUAUUGUGGGUUCACCGUUCCAGGCUAGGUAUACCGGUCCAUAUACAGUCAUUGAGAAACUCUCGGAUCUGAACUAUUUCAUUGCGACACCAGGGCGGAGAAAGUCCAAACAGCUUUGUCACAUUAACUUGUUGAAGCCGUUCUACAACCGUGUUAGUGAGUCAGGUCAGGCUGAGGAAGGCGUGCGUCCGGUUCUGCUUGCUAGUUCAGUGGCUGGGAUGCAUGAGGAUGGGGUGCCUGAGCCCGAUGACAGUUUGCUGUGUGGUCGUUUAAAAAAUUCUGAAGCUCUAAGUAGCUUGGACAAGGUGUUGUCCCAUUUGUCUGAUUCUAGACCGUGAGCUGGCGGACUUGGUACGGAAGUUCCCCUGUCGGUUCGGUGAUGUCCCUUCGCGCACUGAUUGGGUGGAGCAUGACAUCGAGGUGAGAGACGCACGGCCGAUAAAACGUUUUUACCCUAUGUCACUGGAGAAGCUGAAACAUCUUGACUCUGAAGUGGCUUACAUGGUUGAAAAUGAUAUGGCUGUCCCGCCGGACAAAACACCUGAGUGAAUGUGACUAGUGAUGCCAUUUUCAUGCUGUUUGUGUUGUGUUCUUCUGUCUGUUCUCUUAAUUUGCUUCUCAGGUACCUGGGUUGCUGAGGUCAGGUGGAAAAGGAGCAUGACAUGGGCAGGUGAUCAGCUGAUGACAUCAGCUGGAUCUGGAGCACCUGGGACCGGUACGCCGAAUAAAAGAGCAGCUGAUUGCUUGUUGUGGUCGCUACUCAUUGGCCCUCCUUGCAGGCGUCCACACCUUUUGGGGUUUUCGUUGGCGGUUUUGUUAAGUUAUGUUGUGUAUGGAAAUAAACCUUUAUUUUCUAUUGGUAAUGCACCGUCUCUCCCGUUUUUGUCGUCGCCAUUGAGCCGGGUUAUGACACUACACAGCACUACAAAAGUCGUCAAGAUUGAAAAAGAAAAAUAUAUUUGUUGCACAGCUGAACGCAAGGGCGUCAGUUUGUUUUUAUAAGUGGUGGGGACAAUAACCAUAAGCUUGAGUGUGGUUUGAAAAGUGCUGGGUACCGAUAUGUAAGCUAUUCAUCCAUUCAACGCUGCAUUACAAUAUGCUCUACAGUGUUUAGUCAGGUGUUGAAAAUCCCAUUCGAACAAUAAGUUGAAAACACAGUUUGUGUUUUGGCUUGUUUUGCAAAACGGCGUUGGAAACACCAGCGUAUUGGCUCGGGAUAUCUAAUACUAAUAAACAUAGGACAAAGAACAGUGUUGGCAAUUUAACAUUUAUCUUGACAUCAACAAAGUUUACCAGACAAACAAUGCCAGACUGUAAAGGGGGUACGAAAUGAAACGAGGUACUGAGCAUCAGCCUUUUGAAGACGAGCAAGCGCUGCUGGUAGCAUAUGUUAUGCUGCAUUAAAAAGAAAAAAAAAAAACAAGUAAUAAUAAUAAUAAUACAUUUAAUUUAGAGGCGCCUUUCAAAACACCCAAGGUCACCUUACAGAGCAUAUAGUCAUCAUACAUUUUUUAAAAAACAAGACAUUGUGGAAAAAAUAAAUAAAUAAAUAAAUAAAUAAACAUAAGCAAUAAGAAAUAAAUAAAACAAAAACAAGACAAAACAAAACAAAAAAACAAACAAAACAGUGAUCAGUUAGACGUUGUGUGCGAGUUUGAACAGGUGAGUUUUGAGUUGUGACUUGAAGGUUGUAAUGGUGUCUGACUGUUUUAUGUGUGGGGGGAGGGAGUUCCAGAGCCUGGGUGCUGAACAGCUGAAUGACCGGGCACCCAUUGAAGUGAGUCGUGAUGUGGGGAUACAUAG